AUGUCUACAUCAGUCAAGCGGGCUUGCGACGCGUGCCAUCGUCGAAAGGUCAAAUGUGACGGUAUCACUCCGUGUCGCAAUUGUUCGGCGGCGCAAUUGUCAUGUACCUACCACGCCAUACCACAGAAGAAGGGGCCCAAGGGCUCGCGGGCGAAGGUCAUCAGUGAGCUACGCGAAACCCAGCGACAGAGCACCCUCUCCUCGAAAGUUGCGAAUCGAUUGAAUGGAAUCAGCAGCCCCCCGUGCAGCCCGACUCUCGCGCCUUCCCCCGGCCUUCUCACACACGACAUGAUCAAGCGCUGUAUGGAUUUUUUCUUUGCGAACAUGUAUCCCACCUUACCCAUUCUCCACCGAGGGCGCCUAGAGCAGCAGGCCAUGUACGCGGAUCAAAAUGUCGAUACAUACUGUCUCUUGACAUCAUUUUGCGCCUUCAUGAUGAUCCAGCCGGGAAUGGGAAUACCUGGCGAUCCUCUCGGGCUCGACAGUCUGCCCGGCGCAAACUUGGUGUCCGGGAACCUGUUGGUGGAAGAGACGUUGCGAGUCCGGAAAUCCUACGAUCACCUUGAGAACCCAACCUUGAAUAGCUUGGUCACCAGUUUCUUCCUGUUUGGCUGUUACUUCGGUCUGGAUUUGCACAACAAGGCCUGGUUCCAUGUGAGAGAGGCGACAACGCUGGCACAUAUUCUGGGUAUGCAGAAGGAGGAGACGUAUCAGCAGUUUGAUCCGGUCGAGUCGUCAAGAAGAAGGAGACUCUAUUGGCUUCUCUUCGUCACCGAGAGAGCGUAUGCACUUCAAAGGCACCGGCCUCUUUCGUUACAGGCGACCAUCACUCUUCCAACACAGAACGAUGAUCCCUCGGAUUCACAAGCACAUCACUUGAAUGGGUUUAUCCAUCUCGUCAACCUAUUCCGACCGUUUGAUGAAGGGUUUGUUGCCUUGUGGAACAAAAUCCGCACAGACUGUUCGCCUGCGUAUCUGUCAGCCCUCCAAAAGCAGCUGAAGGAUACACUUCCGACAUACCUCAACUCCACGGAGAACCAGACUGCCGAUUUGCGAACGAGCCAGCAGUGGCUGCGGACGAUGGUCUGGCAACUGAGUAUCCAGAAUGGGUGCUUGAGUUCGGGCAACGGCGAUCCAAGCAUGACCUUCCACUAUCCAGUCGACAUUGCUCGGGAUCUCGUCGGGAUGACUUCUCAAUUCUCCCGAGAAAGUAUGGAGGUCCACGGCAUCGGACUGAUUGAAAAACUCUUCGAUGUUGCUUGCUCACUGACCGACGUGCUAUCACUUCUCCCACCAAACCCCGACCCCUUCCAGCUUGGUCCUCGCGACUACCUUCAUGAUUUCAUGACUCUUCUUUCCGUGCUCCGUCACGGGGACCACCGUUUCCUGCCUCUCUUACUCGCCAAGGUUAACGAUGUCCUCCCGCGACUUGUCAACCCGAUGCUUCAGACAGUACCCGAUACGUCAUCGAAUACGUGUGCUGAUGUCGACAUCUUUGAUGGGUUUGGCAAUGCUGGAAUUGGUGUCCCUUCGAACUUCCCCGGCUACAACGGAAACGGCACCAGCGGAGGCGAGUUCAAGACGGAGCCCGACACCGACUUUAACGGGAACGCCAUCUCUGGCAUACCUCAUUUUGACAAGAGGGUCGAAGAGCUUGCUUCGCCAAUUGAAAGCAACACGAGCUCUUCGGUGAUGCGGAGUCCAGCUGAGUAUUCCGGGCUCGGGCAGUAUCAAGGCUUUCCCGACAUGGGUCCCGGUGGCAUACCCAACGACUCAGGCAUGCACAGUCACACGGGAAAUUUCGGAGAAGGUGUUGCAGGUGGCGGCAGGCACCACCUGGAUUUCAAGCGCGAGUUUGAGGGCACGAUGAGUGUCUUGAGUGCACACCGGCAAGGCAAUCCUCAGAUGGCGGGCAAUAGGAUGGAAGCAAGGCGGCCUCCCUUACGGCAAGGAAGUGGCAGUAGCUACGGCAUGCCGAUUCCACGAAGCGCGCCGGAUCAUUUCGGACAUCUGCCGCGGGCGAAUAGUGGAGCAAGUGUCGACCUGGGGAUGAAUCCGGAUGGGGCCCUUGACUGGAUCAACACGGACGGUCUUGAAGGGUCGGAUGGUCAGCACAUGGCUAGUAGUACAGCCCUCACCACACCUCCGGCACGGGAGCAUGAGUAUACUUUUCGGUGUAUCACCCCUCGGCACACGAGAUUCAGCACCAAGAGGAUGAUUGUAGACGAGGAGGGCUACAGUGAUGGCGUUUGGGCUGGGUCUGGUCGUUGCAGUCACGACAAAUUUAUAAUGCAUCAACGUUUUUAUUUCACACCACAGAGAAUCAGAAGACGUUUUUAUUCUAUUACUCAAUUGAGUUUUGUCACAGCCGGGAUCGGCUUUCGCUUAGCCUUUCGAAGAUCCUACUACGUCGCAGGCCGGGUGAGCGUUGUUGGUGGUGGUGGUGGUGGUGGUGGUGGUGGUGGUGGUGGUGGUGGUAGCGGUGGUGAGGUUUGGGAUGGGGUGGGGUGGGGUGGGAUGGGUGGAUACGGCGGUAGGGUAGGGGAUCAACUAGGUGCCUGUUCGUCGGCAAAGCGCACGCAUGUCUACGGUAGCCAUGCCAAGAGAUCCUGCACACCUUACGUCGCUGAAGAGUUUCAGACCGGGAGGCCCCUCCGGCCUCCGGUGGAUUUUGAUUACGGAGUACAUGGACUGGGGUUUGGAGCUCCAGUGGCCAUGAUAGAGUACGGAUCUCGAUGUCGAGAUCGAGGACUUCGUAUCGUCCUUCGUUUUCUCAUUCUUGAUUUGAGAAUGGCCGAGGCAGGAAGGGAGCUUAGGGGGAGACGUUUUCUCAUCCGGUUGAUGAAGAGGCCGACCCGAGAUCCGAUGACUUGCCAUCCUAAGUAUCUUGUCAGACUGCCCUCUCCAUCCUCCAUCCAGCGUAUUGCUAUGCUGCAGGAACGAGUGCUGGCUGGGGAGUCCCCGAGUCCGAGACCCGAUGGGUGGGCGAGUCCUCCUCCUCGGACCAUCGACAGAGCAGCAGGUAUCCCUUCCUAUUUAUACAUUGAGAUGUUCCCUGUGCGCACAUUAACCCGAUGCCGUGUCUUCCUGGCGAUGCGCAAGAGUGGAGGGUUGAAAUCCAAGUGGAGGGGAUGUCCUAGUUUUGGACAUGAAGAAGUGGCUAGAGAUGGGAUGGACGUUGCACUGCUGUUUAAGGCUAGAGCAAAAGCAUUGGAGCAGGUUGACCGACGAGAUACACACGCCUACAUGCAAUUAAGACAUAUCGAAGCCCAGCACCCUCAGUUCAUCAACUUCUCCUUCCCGCGAAAAGAGGAGUCACUGAAGCUCGAGAUGGCGGCAGUGACGGUGCCUCCCGCUACACUCACAACCACGGCCACCGAGUCGUCUCCUUCAGACGUCGCUCCUCGCCCCCUCCACCUCGACACGGAAGGGAAAUGGGUCUCGCCCGUGCCUGCCGCAUCCACUGGACCCACUGAGCCCACCGAGCCGCCUAAAGUCGUCACGCCAGCAGCCGCGCCAGCAGUCCCCCCGCCAGUCCUUACAGUGCCCAAGCCGGCCGAGGUCUCACCCGGCUACGAAGCUUCCACCUCCAGCACAUCCUCCUCGCCCUCCUCCAAUCCCGGGCACUCCAUCAAGUCCACACGCUACGAGGACCUGAAGAGCCUGAAGAGCCCAGACGAAGACAAGAAGAGAGGCAAGGGGAAGAAGGUGAAAGAGGUUGCCUUCUUCGCCUUCGUGCUCCUGCCGCUUAGCUGUUGGUACACGCGAGGCGGGAAGCGGCUCGGCCCUGUUGCGAAGCCAGGGAGGCGGGUGGCGGAUGACGAGGAGACGAGAGCUAUCAAGGCCCUCCCGGAGCUGAGGAGGCCAGCGACAGGGAGGCCGGGGACGGGGACGGGGAGGCCGGCGACGGGAGUGCGGACUGGCUUUGGACCGGUGCCGAACGGGCACAUCCAUCCUGCUCGACGAGACAGCUUUGCAGCUGCUCAGGACCGGACUUUACGCAGGGACACGGACGAGAUGAGAGCUUCGGGCAGAUGUCGUCGGCGUCGGCGUACGCGCGGAGCAACAGCUUUACGCAACGAGGAGGGGUGGGGGGGAGGAACGAUGUUUUCGGGAGGGCGCCGGGCAAGGGCGGGAACUCGCUGA